CUUGACGGUUUUAUAUCCAUAUAAGACUUAUAUAUACCGUAGAGAAUCUAACAUGGACUCUUGAAGAAACACAGAGCUGGAUUGGAACAAAGGGAAAGUGAACCUAUUUGUGAGUAGCAAAAGAACAAGGUUGCAGCCAACACCGAUGCCGUUCAAUAUUUUUCAGGACAAAGGUGGAUUCCCCCGGAUUAUAUUGACUGAACCAAAUGGUUCAUCAGCUGAGGUGCUUCUGUAUGGAGGGCAGAUUGUUUCUUGGAAGAAUCAACGGAAAGAAGAACUGCUUUUCAUGAGUAGGAAGGCUAACUGGAAACAACCUAAAGCAAUCAUCAGAGGAGGUAUAUCAGUCUACUUUCCACAGUUUGGUGAUCUUGGUUCACUUGAACAACAUGGAUUUGCAAGAAACAAGUUAUGGUCAUUGGAUAGGGACCCUUCACCUCUACCUCCACUAGACAAUCAAUCAUCUGUGGAUUUGAUAUUGAAGUCAACAGGGGUUGACUUUAAGACACCCUGUAGUUUUGAGUUCAAGCUUAGAAUCUCUCUCAGUGCUGGGAAGCUCAUUCUGAUCCCUCGAGUCAGAAACACUGAUAAUAAAGCAUUUUCAUUUACAUUUGCACUGUGCAACUAUUUAUCUGUAUCAGAUAUCAGUGAGGUGCGUAUUGAGGGAUUGGAGACCCUUGAUUACUAUGACAAUCUGAUGAACAGAUCAAGGUUCACAGAACAGGCAGAUGCAAUUACAUUUGAUGGCGAGACGGACAGGUUGUACUUGCGCAGCCCAAAUAAAAUUGCCAUCAUAGACCAUGAGAAGAAGAGAACUUUUGUACUCCAGAAGAAUGCAAUGCCAGAUGCAGUGGUAUGGAAUCCAUGGUCCAAGAAAGCCAAGGCUAUCCCUGAUUUGGGAGAUGAUGAUUACAAGACCAUGAUAUGUGUGAAUUCUGCAGCUAUUGAUACCCCAAUUCUCUUGAAGCCUUCUGAAGAGUGGAAGGGUUAUCAGGAGCUCUCUACUGUUUCAUCAAGUUAUUGCAGUGGACAAUUGGAUCCUCGCAAGGUUCUUUAUGGCUUUCACUGACAUAGUUAAUUUAGUCAAUGGAGAUUUAUAUGGACUUUGGUGUACACUAUACAGUGCACAUGCACUAGUUUUGUCCAUGGUGUUCCUCUUCAUAGGACAGAAAUCAGCUGUGCUUGAAUAUCAUGCUCAUACUGUAAGAUUAAUAUGCAAUUCUUACAGUAUUAUCCAUUGGGUUGAGAACUUUGAAUUUUUUAUAAAGAUCUUUGGCACUGGACUUUGAAUUCACAACAUGAAAGUAUACACAUAGGACAUUCUCAGUGGCUUCCUUCAUGUGAUUU